CAGGGGGAACAGCAAAAGAAGAGGUAAAGUAGCUUCCUGGCCAUCCCUAGAGCAUGCGCCAAAACUAACAUCACAGCUGGUGUGCAGGAAUGCAGACAGUGCUGCCAAAUGUGAUGGUACAAAGCAAAAGAGAGAGCGAAAGAAGACAGUGUCAUUUAGCAGCAUGCCAACAGAGAAGAAGAUCAGCAGUGCAAAUGACUGCAUUAAUGCAAUGCUUGAAGGCUCUGAGCUCAAAAAGAUUCGGUCCAACUCUAGAGUGUACCACCGGUAUUUCUUUUUAGAAGCAGAUAUGCAGUCCCUGCGUUGGGAACCUUCAAAGAAGGAUUCUGAAAAAGCAAAGAUUGAUAUUAAAUCAAUCAAAGAAGUAAGAACAGGAAAAAAUACAGAUAUAUUUCGCAGCAAUGGCAUUUAUGAUCAGAUAUCAGAAGACUGUGCAUUUUCUAUCAUUUAUGGAGAGAACUAUGAGUCACUAGAUCUUGUUGCUAACUCAGCAGAUGUUGCAAACAUUUGGGUUACUGGGUUAAGGUACCUGAUUUCUUACGGAAAACAUUCUCUAGAUAUGAUAGAAAGUAGCCAGGAUAAUAUGAGGACUUCCUGGGUUUCACAAAUGUUCAGUGAAACUGAUGUGGAUAAUUUGGGACAUAUACCGCUUUGUAAAGCUGUACAGUUUAUUAAAAAUUCAAAUCCUGGUUUAAAAACAAAUAAAAUUGAGUUAAAGUUCAAAGAAUUACAUAGAGCCAGGGACAAAACUGGUACUGAAGUCACAAAGGAAGAAUUUAUUGAAGUUUUCCAUGAACUUUGUACCCGACCAGAGAUCUACUUCUUGUUGGUUCAGUUUUCAAGCAAUAAAGAAUUCCUGGAUACCAAGGACCUUAUGAUGUUUUUAGAAGCAGAACAGGGUAUGGCACAUGUCACAGAAGAAAUAAGCCUUGAAAUUAUUCACAAGUAUGAACCAUCGAAAGAGGGCAAGGAAAAGGGUUGGCUUUCUAUAGAUGGUUUUACUAAUUACCUUACUUCACCAGACUGUCAUAUAUUUGAUCCGGAGCAUAAAAAGGUGUGUCAAGAUAUGAAACAGCCUUUAUCGCAUUAUUUCAUAAAUUCAUCUCACAACACAUACUUGAUAGAAGAUCAGUUCCGUGGGCCUUCUGAUAUCACAGGAUAUAUUCGUGCUCUUAAAAUGGGUUGUCGAAGUGUUGAAUUGGAUGUAUGGGAUGGUCCAGAUAACGAGCCUGUAAUUUACACUGGACAUUCAAUGACAUCGCAGAUAGUCUUCCGUAGCGUAAUUGACAUUAUUAACAAGUAUGCAUUUUCUGCUUCAGAAUACCCUGUUAUUUUAUGUUUAGAAAAUCAUUGUUCUAUUAAGCAGCAGAAAGUGAUGGUUCAACACAUGAACAAAAUUCUGGGGGAUAAGCUACACACACAGUCUCCAAACAUAGAAGAGUCUUAUCUUCCUUCACCUGAGUCACUUAAAGGGAAAAUACUAAUUAAAGCAAAGAAGCUUUCCUCUAAUUGCUCAGGGCUGGAGGGAGACGUUACAGAUGAAGAUGAGGGAGCAGAAAUGUCACAGAGAGUAGGGAAAGAGGGUGUAGAACAACAGAACAUUGUGGCAGGGAAACGAUUUCAGCUUUGCAAAGAGCUUUCUGAAUUGGUAAGCAUAUGUAAAUCAGUUCAAUUCAAAGAGUUUCAAGUUUCCUUUCAGCUCCAGAAAUACUGGGAAGUGUGCUCAUUUAAUGAAGUACUUGCUAGCAAAUAUGCCAAUGAAAACCCAGGGGACUUUGUGAAUUACAACAAACGUUUUCUUGCUAGGGUUUUUCCCAGCCCAAUGAGGAUUGACUCUAGUAAUAUGAAUCCCCAGGAUUUUUGGAAAUGUGGUUGUCAAAUAGUAGCAAUGAAUUUUCAGACACCUGGUUUAAUGAUGGACCUCAACAUUGGUUGGUUUCGACAAAAUGGGAACUGUGGCUAUGUCCUUCGUCCUGCCAUCAUGCGAGAGGAAGUAUCCUUCUUCAGUGCAAAUACAAAAGACACUGUGCCUGGAGUUUCACCUCAGCUGCUUCAUAUUAAAAUUAUUAGUGGACAAAACUUUCCUAAACCCAAAGGUUCAGGUGCCAAAGGAGAUGUUGUGGAUCCUUAUGUUUAUGUGGAAAUUCAUGGAAUCCCUGCAGACUGUGCGGAACAAAGGACAAAAACUGUGCAUCAGAAUGGAGAUAAUCCAAUCUUUGAUGAAAGUUUUGAAUUUCAAAUUAAUCUCCCAGAACUAGCCAUGUUGCGUUUUGUAGUACUAGAUGAUGAUUUUAUUGGGGAUGAAUUUAUUGGGCAGUACACUAUUCCCUUUGAGUGUUUACAGACAGGGUAUCGGCAUGUUCCUCUGCAGUCUUUAACUGGAGAAAUGUUAUCACAUUCUUUCUUAUUUGUUCAUGUGGCCAUUACUAAUCGAAGGGGUGGAGGGAAACCUCAUAAACGGGGCCUAUCAGUGAGGAAGGGAAAGAAAUCAAGGGAAUAUGCCUCUAUGAGAACAUUAUGGAUUAAAACAAUAGAUGAAGUGUUCAAGAAUGCUCUCCAACCUAUACGGGAUGCUACAGAUCUGAGAGAAAAUAUGCAGAAUGCAGUAGUUUCAUUCAAAGAAUUAUGUGGCCUCUCUCCUGUAGCGAAUCUUAUGCAGUGUGUUCUGGCAGUGUCUACACGCUUGGUUGGUCCUGAUAAUACACCCUUGGUAGCACUGAAUCUCAAUGAUCAGUAUCCCACAAUGGAACUCCAAGGGACUGUUCCAGAGGUCUUGAAAAAGAUUGUAACAGCAUAUGACACGAUGAUUCAGACCAUAAAGAUUCUUGUUGAAAAUUCAGAUAGCUUAUAUGAGAAAAUCGUUCAGUGUCAGAAGGCAGCAAUGGAGUUCCAUGAAAACCUGCAAGCUAUAGGAGCAAAGGAAGGUUUAAAGGAGAGAAAGCUUCAAAAAUCAGUAGAGAGUUUUACCUGGAAUAUUACAAUCUUGAAGGGACAAGCUGAUCUUCUCAAAUAUGCUAAAAAUGAGGCAUUGGAGAACUUGAAGCAAAUCCAUUAUGCAGCACUUUCAUGUGGACUUAAUAAACGAGGCACUGAAAACACAGAAAUCUCAAAGCCCCGUCGAAGCUUGGAGGUCAUACCUGAGAAAGCAGGUGAUGAAACUGGAGACUGAGAGAACAUUCUGCUCAUAAUUAUGGAGUUUAUAACUCUGUGACCAAUUGUAGCUGCACAGGCAUCUGCUUUGCACUUGUACUCUUGAAAAAAAUAUUUGGAAUUUUUAAAGCACAACUGGAGAAGCUAAUUACAAUCUAUUGAAACUGUGAAUGUACGUAGCAAUUCUGCGGGUGAAGGCAAUGACAUUGUUUAACACAGAAAUUAUACUGCUGGCCAAAAUUUACUGUAUAUGUAUAAAAGAUGUCAUAACUCAGUAACAGUGUGCUGAAAAGUUCAUUGUAGUUCCCUAAAGAAAACUGCUUUUUCUUAAGGAAAAUGAGCCGUAACUUAGGUGAAGGUGGGUUCACAGGUUAGAAGUUGACACGGUGCCUUGAUUUUCAAACAGUUAGGUGUGCAAAUCCUUGAUUUUUUUUAAUGCACAAUUCAUUACAUGCUUGUGCUAACCAGAUAUGUAAUUGUACACCUAAUUUAUGAAAAUCAGGGUCAAUAAUAUAAAUCCACAGCUUUUACAGAAUGUGUAAUUCAGACACUCAGAAGUAUUUGGUUUUGAAGUGGUAUUUUGUUGUUUUUUUAUUGUUGAGCCAUAAUAAAAAAGAGAAUGUAAUCAGACAGUGCUAACUGACUACUCAGUGCACUGUAGGAGAGCCAUUGCAUAAAAGGAAAAAUGUGCAAUCUGUCUGAUAGUCUGUGUCAGAAGAUACAUACUUAUUCCUGCCUAAGAACUUCUGCAAACGUGUAUACAUAAUGUAAAAGUGACCAAACUGCGAGUAAAAUGUUGUAAAUAAUUUUUCAUUUUGUGAAGUGAAGUGCUUACAUUAAAAAAAGUUUUAUGAUAUUACUCCCAGACAAGUAAAGCUUUUAACUAAAAUUUUAACGUUUUUUAGUUUUUGAUUUUUAAGUAUUUUCUUCCUUACAGAGUAGGCAAUAACUCAGCUAGCAGGUUUGUAAAAACCUUAUUGCUGUUACUUUAGGUAAAGGUACAGUGGCUAAUAUUCUCAAUGUAAAAUAGCUAUACCAGCUAAGUUUCUUCUCUUACUGCUUCUGAUUUGACAAUAAUGUGAAGUAUAUCAUGCAGUACAAUAAAUUAGAAAAUGAUGUAUAUUCAUACAAAAACUAACAUGCAUUUUUUCAGCAGGGAGAGGUUUUUAUUGAGAAAUACUGUUUUUUAUUUUUAAGCCAUAUUUACACCACAGUUUUUUUUAGCUACCAAAGCAAGGCCCUGAGCCUGCAAAGUCUGUUGAAUUAACCACCAGAAGAGGUGUAAUGCAUGAGUUGAAGUGGAUCAUGGGGAGUUUUAACUUGGUGACAAUGCUUUCAGUUCAAGUGCCCAUGAAACAAUAAAUCAUAAGUCAAUGUACACCCUAUAGUUAUCCAAUACCAAUAAAAUUUGUCCUCAAAAAAAAGAGAGCGCGAGAAAGAGAAGAACAAAAAGAGUAAGUCAUAAAAAAGUAAUCACUCCAUUGUGAUGUGCUUAAAUAAAA